GCGAAUUCCAACUCGACCCAGCGUAACGUGGGGAGUCUCAGUCCGGUGUCCUUGUGCCGAGCUUGCGUGCCGAGAUGGUCUCUCCUACCUCGUGUUUUUAGGGACUUGAUUUCCCUCCCUUCAACUCGUAUCUUCUCAUUUUUCUGUCGUAACUCCGAUUCGCAUCAAAAGCCGAGGGCAGCCCCAUCCUGUUUUGGCUUGUGAAAAUUAUAGGGUAGGCCUACUCAACUUGCAUCUUGGACUCCGAGAAAUGUUUCUGACCGGUUUGUGCUGCUUAUUGGUGCUGGGUCUGGCGACGCCCGGCGCCCGGGCGGCAUUCGGUGAUGUUGGGACCCACGGAAGAGAUGACCUGUUCGAAAAGAUGGGACAGGCAAGGGUUGAAGAGUUCGAAGUUGUUAAUGGUCAGGUGUCUUUGGACAUUGUGUUGGAGGACACGGAGGGCCAAGACGAGGUCUGGAUCCUCGACUUCCAAGAUUUUGACCACAUGCAGAACAAGUCUCAGCGGCCCAUCGUGAAGACUGAUGGAGGGAAACUGGUUGCAGAGCAUACAGGGACCUGCUCAAGUGUCUUUUCUUCAGUGCCGUAUCAUUCUGUCACUGGCUUCUACAAGGAUACAUAUGCUCCUGCUCCCCCUGGGAACAAAACACUCUUCAACACCUACCAGACCAAUGGAACAUUUGUGCAGAAGGGCGACAUACGAGUCAGGGAGGACCAUCUUCAGUUUGAUGGCGUGAUUGACACCAUGUUUGAGUGCAAGACCAGUGAUGGUGCCAAUGUCUGGCACAAAGAGGUAACACCUGAGACUAUCCAGUUCAACACCACGCUCUUCAUGACCAACGUUAGACCACAGGGCUCCAGUUCUAACCCGGACCCAGCCUACGUUCAGAGUUAUGCUGUUUUGUACUGGCGUCUGUUGCGUGUGGCUUUGGCGAGGUUCUUGAUAAGUUCAACAGAACAACUGAAGCCGAUCUUCGAGUAUGCCCUGGUGAGGCCUGUAUAUCUAAAUGAUGACGAGGAGUAUGGAUUUGACGAGGAUCGAGCGGAAGUGGAGCUUGCCUUUCGCACCCUGACAGCGCACCCAAACGGCAGCCUCAUAUCGGUCUACAGGGUGAACAGUUUGGAGUAUGACCCUGCUGAUCUGCUUGUUGGCAACAAGCUUGGACACAUCAAGAUGAUACCCACCAGGGGUUGCCAUCUUCCCCUUGGUGUGGAAAAUGGCACCAUCUCUGAUUCCCAGCUUUCGUCCUCAUCUGUCUGGUUGAACAGUGCAGAGUACAGUGCCCCCAAGGCUCGGCUGAAUGCCCAACCAAUCGAUGCUGUCUCUGCUGGGGCCUGGUUGGCCGGCACUAUUGACGCCAAUCAGUGGAUACAGGUGGAUCUACUAACGCAGACAUGGGUGUCAGGAGUACUCACCCAAGGUUACAUUUACCAGGACACUGUUAUGUGGGUUACAAAGUACAGCGUCUCUCACAGCGCUGAAGCUGCCGGCAGCUUGUCUCCUGUCUUCAAUGAGUCUGGCGUGAAUGCUGUACCAGUCGUAUUUGCUGGGAACUAUGACAGUGAGACUAUUGUCAAAAACUACUUUGACGAUCCCAUUUUGACCCAGAGGAUCCGCAUCUUACCCCAAGAGUGGUCCAAUGGCAUAGCCAUGCGAAUUGAGCUGCUUGGAUGUGACACCCACACUGAGUGUUACACCGACUCCAAUGGAGAGGACUACCGGGGAACAGUUUCGGUCACAGAGUCGGGUGAGACCUGCCAACGCUGGUCUGCUCAGGAGCCCCACACCCAUUCCUUCACCCCCGAGAACUAUGCCCACCGCGGCAUCGGCGACCACAACUUCUGCCGAAGUCUGGAUAAUGCCACCCGGCCCUGGUGCUACACACUCAAUCCCAGCAUGCCCAUUGGCUUCUGUGAUGUUGGAGUGGCACAGGUGUCCUGCACACCUAAUGUGACAAGAGAUGCUCCAAGCAACUUCUAUGCCAAUUAUGCACCCUACUGCAACUUCACCGAGUGGGAGAACUACUGCACGCAGCGUUGGGUGUUUGUACUCGUUCUGGAAGUGGACUCCUCAGGAGCCACCAAUAGAAUGCCCAUUGAUGCUACGGGCGAGUUUACCUUCGAGUUUGACACGUACGACUGUCCUAACAAUGACCGCUCAGUCUGUCGGAGACUGGAUAUUCCUGAAGCUAUUGUCUCCAACGAGAUCACCUUGCAAACCACCGUAGAAGUUGUUGAUGACGCAAAGGACAGCCCUAGGGUUUACUUGAAGAAGGUGCAUGGAUCGGACCCAACCGUGGACAUCAGGGGUGGGGUUCCGCCUGGCGUGUCUCAUCUUGAAGCAGUCACUGUGGAGACCCAUUUCUUCCCGCUCUUCCUGAGAGACGAGCUUGAAAUGGAAUUGACAUUGUUUAUGGUGUGCAUUGGCUCUGAAUUUAACUCUGGCGAUGGCUGUCUGACUUCAUCCCCAGAGAACUCCUACACAGCCUAUGUCUCGCCAAAUUUCUUCUACCGUCUGUACACUGCUCCGGAGGCCUUCACCGAUCUCUUUGCUGACGACAUAGCCACUUCUACUCAGACUCUGGACUCGCACAGCUACAUCCAUGCCAGCGAGAUGCACCGCACAGUCUUCACCAACAAGGCGCUGUCGGCCAGGUCCCAGGAGUACACCAUCACCAGUGUCUUCCGGCUGGUGGAGAGGGCCGGGCGAAGGAGGCGGGCCAUCCUGAAGCGCGAUGUCCAGGACAAGGUUGACGAGCCCAUCCUGGUCCACCAAACGAUCCUCUUCCGGGGCUGUCCGCCGAACUCUGUCCAUGAUGCGCAGAAGCAGGCCUGCGUGUGCAGCGAGGAUGGGAAGGUGUAUUCGCACGACACCUUCGAGUGUGUGAAGUUGAGCCCUAGCCCUUCAGAUGAGGAAAAGCAAUCACCAGUUGACAGUGCCAAGACUCCAGGAGAAAGUAAUGAUCCAGGCAACGACUCAAGCCAAGGUCAUCAUGAGAACAACUCUGCCACACUCAACACCUCAAUGCUCGUACCACUCAUCUGUAUCUUCACUCUCGUUGCCUCAUUGAUGUGAGGUUCAUACAAAGACAGACAAGAAUGGUACCCAAAGUAAAUUAGUGAAGUGAAUCAACUUUUGGCUCUGAACAUUUCGGGAAGAUUCUUGGAGUGUUUUUGCUUUUCUCUUAAUCUGCAAAUCCAAACUAGAAAGGUUUUGUAACUUGUACCGAGUGUCGUAUGAAGCUGAUGCACAAGAUAAGGGAUUUAUUGAAGUCAUGAAACCAAGACGACUUGAAUAGUUGGAGUACUUGGACCCUUCAUCAAUAGUAUAAUUAUUGUGUUAUUGUGCUGUAGGUAAGUGUGGUAGUUUAAAGUUUACAAGUUGAAUUUUUCUCACAGACUACAGUCAACAUCAAAUACAUGUACAGUGUAUUUCGUUUCUUUGUGGAAAUGUGCAAGUUACUUCUCUUCACUUCAUAUUUUUAAGGGAAAAUGAAUUUCUGUGUUGCUAAUUUAUUUUGGGUACUAUAAAAACUAUCAAGCAUUCCAAACUUGAAUGUGUCUGCAUAGUAAAUGGCAGCAGCAAAUGGUGUGCACUCUGUUUAUUCAAAACACGUAUUUAUAGCAAGAUGUAUUUAUCAAAGAAUUUAUAGUCCAUAUCUUGUAUGUUUAAUGUUCCCUUAAUGAUAAAUUCUGUAAGCGGACAGCAAUAGCCAGUUUAUGAAUUUCUAUUUUUCACUUGUGUUGCACUUUUGAUGUUUUCAAGCAAAAGCCAAAAAUAUAUGCUAAAAUGGUCUGUAAGCAUUUUGCCACUUUUCCUGUUUUUGAUGUUCAGAUGUGAAAUACGACUGCAUUUUCUACCUCA